AUGAGCACAGUGCAACCAGACGCUGCAGCCCAGGAGAACAGUGCAAGCACUCAGGACGAUGGCAUGACUUGGUGGUAUCGUUUGCUAUGUCGGCUUGCAGGUGUCCUGGGCGGUAUAUCCUGCGCUGUGGCGGGUGUAUGGAAUUGCGUCACCGUCUAUCCAUUAAAUAUUGCGGCUGGCGUUUUUAUGAUGGUGAAUGCACUUGUUCUGUUUCUCUGCGAGGCUCCAUUUUGCUGCCAGUUCAUCGAAUUUGCAAAUACUGUCGCCAACAAAGCUGACCAAUUGCGGCCUUGGCAGAAAGCCCUGUUUUACUGCGGGAUGGCGCUGUUUCCCAUUUUCCUCAGCUUCACAAUUACCACCCUCUUUGGUAAUGCUAUCGCCUUUGCGACUGGAGUCUUGUAUGGGCUGUCUGCACUGGGGAAGAAGGGUGAUGCAGUCGCUUAUGCCAAGCUUCAGCAGCAGAAGAAACAGACAGAUGAAGAGAAAGAGGCUGGGACAUAA